UCCUCUCUCCUCCUCCUCCUCUCUCCUCUGUCCUCUCUGCACAUCCUCUCAGCCGAAGCCGUGAACAGCAUCACUUCUCUGUUCUCAGUUUGCCCAUUGAUUACGAAGUAAGAACCAAAGUGGAGGAAAAGCAUUAAAUUCUAUCAGAAGCACAACUUGCCAUCGAUUGGAGCGAGAGGGAAUUCCAGCGGCAGACGCCGUUGAGUUAAAGCUCGUGCCUGGCUGUAGAUUGUAGUGAUGAGUCGGCGGGAGGCGUUAGUGGGGAACCCGGUGCCGAGUGCUGCGCCAGAGGUUCGGGUCAACAGCACUGAGUCGUCCUCUCCCGGAGCGGCCGCGCCCAAAGAUGAGGCUUUCUCUAAACUCAAGGACAAGUUCAUGAACGAACUCAACAAAAUCCCACUGCCAUCAUGGGCCAUUGUGGCCAUUGCGUUCGUGGCUGUGGUUCUCGUCGUGUCCUGCUGCUUCUGCAUCUGCAAAAAGUGGAUAUUCAAGAAGAAGAACAAGAAAAAGGGCAAGGACAAGGGCAAGAACGCCAUCAACAUGAAGGACGUGAUAGACGGAGCCAAGACGGAGGCUCUGAAGGACGAAGACGAAGUGGAGACCGGACUCUCGGAGGGUGAAAAGGAAGCCGAGCCUAAGGAGCAAGAAAAACUGGGCAAAUUACAAUACUCUCUGGAUUACAAUUUCACCGAGAAUACGCUCAUAGUGGGGAUCAUCCAGGCCGCCGAGCUGCCCGCCAUGGACAUGGGCGGGACUUCUGACCCCUACGUGAAGGUUUACCUCCUUCCUGACAAGAAGAAGAAGUUUGAGACCAAAGUGCACAGGAAGACUCUAAACCCGACCUUCAACGAGCAGUUCACCUUCAAGGUUCCGUACACAGAGCUGGGAGGAAAGACUCUGGUGAUGACGGUGUACGAUUUUGACCGUUUCUCCAAACACGACGCCAUCGGAGACGUUAAAGUGCCGAUGAACAAGGUGGACUUCAGUCAUGUGACCGAGGAGUGGCGGGAUCUCCAGAGCGCCGAGAAAGAGGAACAAGAGAAGCUGGGUGAUAUCUGUUUCUCUCUGCGCUACGUUCCCACCGCCGGCAAACUGACCGUCGUCAUCCUGGAGGCCAAAAACCUGAAGAAGAUGGACGUGGGAGGUCUUUCAGACCCGUACGUGAAGAUCCAUCUGAUGCAGAAUGGUAAACGUCUGAAGAAGAAAAAGACGACAAUCAAAAAGAACACCCUGAACCCCUACUACAAUGAGUCCUUCAGCUUCGAAGUGCCAUUCGAACAAAUCCAGAAAGUUCAAAUCGUUAUAACCGUUCUGGACUAUGACAAGAUCGGCAAAAACGAUGCUAUCGGUAAAGUUUUCGUAGGGCUGAACAGCACAGGCACCGAGCUUCGCCACUGGUCGGAUAUGUUGGCCAACCCACGGAGACCCAUCGCCCAGUGGCACGUGCUCAAGCCAGAGGAGGAAGUGGACGCCCAGCUGUCCAUCAAAAAAUAAAAGCUCUGCUCCCUUUAGCCAUUAACCCCGCCCCUUUUAGUGGUCCUAACCCAGUGCGUGUACAUACCUCAGUGAUGUAUGGAUCCUUUACACCCUCUAAAAUCUUCUUCUUCUUCUUGUCUGGCAAUGAAAAGCCUUCUUUUAUAAUAGUUGUCGGCAUUUUGACCGCCCACUUGCCCCAACACAGACACACACACACACACACACACACACACACACACACACACACCCCUCAAGAGUUGUGUUUAACAUUCCUUCCUGUCUUCGCCUGCUGUUUUGACCAUCAUCCAUGACCUUUAACCCCCUUAAACCCUUCUUUUAAGCAAUAUGAUCUGUGUAGAUAGCGCAUGAAUGGAAAAAAACGUGUACCACAGGUGUAUAUAUCCGUAUGCAGACAAAAAAAUACGAUUUCUAGUUUGUGUUUGUAUGUUGUUACCUGUUUCCUAAUCUGUGUAUAUCUUGAUGUUUUUACUAAGAUAUUCUAUUUUAAAUUAUGUAAAUGCAGAUAUAGCAGAGCCAAUAUUAUAUAUAAUAACAGCAGGAUUUACGAUAUCUAUCUUAUUGCAUUCCAGUUCAAUAUAUACAUAUAGAUUUCAUACAUAUAUAUAUAUAUAUAUAUAUAUAUAUAUAUAUAUAUAUAUAUAUAUAUAUAUAUAUAUAUGUAUUUGAAAGAAUUUCAACCUGCAAGACGAGAGUUUAGGGGUAUUUCACAAAACUUUCCAAACUCUUUGGCUUAAAGAAUUAUUAGAAAUAAAAAUAGAGAAUACAGAGAAACCCCGUAUAAAAUGGAAUAUUGUAAUAUAUACGUAUAACAUCUUCAGUAUAUUACAUUUUAGUAUGGAAAUAUAGGCCAUUAACUGAUAUGGUUCAGUCGGUAAAAUAUGCAGGAAGUUCUACAAGCACAUGAGUUCUUAAACACUUUGCUUUUGCAUUUCCUUAUCAUUGUUUAAGCAGCUCCUUAAUUUCCCCCAAAUCCUCAAUCUGAACCUUAUAUUUUAAAGCCCAAGCAUGAAGAAGUCACUAACCGUAGCCAUUUAAUCCUCAACGCUUUACCUUCCGUUAAUUCGUUAAACUUUGUUAACAGACGUAUUUCGUUAAAUUUGUUAAAGACUCUAGCUUUGAAAUUAAUAUUUUUGGUAAUUGCAUGUUUUUUUAAAUUCUACUUUAUUCUACACCGUCAGGCCUUUUGCCGUAAGGGAAAAAAAAAUUAAAAGUUAUGCGUUUUUUAACGAAAUGAUGCUGAUUUUCUCCAGAAAAAGUCGGUAUGUAAUAAUAACAUACUGACUCUAAGAGACAAGCUUUUAAACACUGCCAUUAUUUUCAGGGAGGUGAGAAACGUACGUGACUUUCUCCUCAUGCACAUGCUCCACUUAGUGGCUGUAGCUUUUGGUUCUUUGGGAACAAGUAUCCAUUAUUUUGGCCUUGAAGGUGCAAGAUUGAAAUUUUUUACUUUUCGUUGCCUCUUUACGCAGUGACAAUAGCCUUAGCCAUGCUUUUACUGCCAAUCUCCUUACACAAUGGCUACUGUUUUGCACUGUAGUUUGGACCAACGACAAUAAAAAUACAAUGGUCGGUGAUUUUUUUUGGAUGAGACUGGAGACAGGUCUUAGUUCAGAGUAACUUUAUUCAGUAUUCAGUCAAAAAGUCACAACUUUUAAAUGGAUAGAAAUGUUCAGUGGAUUGUUUAAAAAUUAACAUAUCUAUUAAAAAAAAAAAAACACGUAACCGUAAAAGUUAAUGGUCUGUAGAGGUGAUAUUAUCAGCCAGGAAUGUCCUUUAGUUCAGGUAUAACAUGAAAACACAAUUUCACACAAAUUGCUAAAAUAAUAAACCAGCCAAAAAUGGCUAAAUAAACAAUAUUAAAGAGUGAUUGUUAUAAACUCGGAUAUCAGGUGGUCAUGACAGGACAUGUAAAUUCUGUACAUAUUCAAGUUUGCCAUCAAGAAAUCUGUUAAAGCUUCCUCCGUUUGUUCCUCCCCAAAAAAAUUAAACAAAAACUUUAAUAAUGUUCAGGAUAAACAGGUUUAAGAACAUUAAUUAGUGACGCAUUUUCAGGCCACUUUGUUCUCGUUUAGAUAUCUUUAAAAAAAAAAAAAAAAGGUAACCGUAAAAGUUAAUGGUCUGCACAUAUUAGUCCAUAAAGUCCUUUACUACGGGUUUAAUGUAACAACAUUAAUGGUCUCGCGAUCGCAAAUUUGUAAGAAUUCGUAACAAAACCGCUUGUGUUAACAAUCAGUAAGAAUUAUCACUCGUUUGACUACGAAACAUUCAAGUCCAAGUCUGACAAGACAAUGUGGACUUCUUACGAUCAUCGGUGAUUAAAAGUGUUUUACGUUAAAAUUUAAGUAAAUUUUGUUGAGCUUCUACAAAUUUUGUGACAUCCAGGGUGAAGCAGCAGGUUUGAUGUCGAACAUCGUUGUUUCACGAUUCCUGUUUCAGAGGAAUUCCUGAUGAUCUUGUACGAAAUUGCUUAUUUCACAAUUCAAUUUAACAGUCGCAAUUUUUAAGCAAUUCUUCGUGAUACAACUUGUACGAAAUUCUUAUUGAUGGAUAAGAAAUUCUUAAUGAUCCUAUAAAAUUGUCUCACAAAUUUGUACUAACUCUUAAUGAUCCAACUCGUAUGCGACAUUGAAAGGUUUAACAGGACAUUUAUUGCUUUUCUUAAAUUUUUUGCAUACAAAUUUGCCAGGAAUUUUUUCCAAAUGUGUUCAAAUGUGACCAAAAAAAUUGGCCCUAAUGUCCGCGGGUUAAUGACUUACCAUUUUGAUGUAACAUUUAAGAAAAGUUACGCUUUGCUCACGACUUCUGUACAAAUUUCCUGUUUGAGAUUCUGAGGGAAAAAAAAAAGACAUGCUUUAGUACGGGUUUGCUGAGACCACACGACUGAACGAGCCCAAAAACAUCGUAACUUCUCUCAUAAAUCCACUUGUAUGAAAUCCAAAUGUUAGUAUUCUUACGAAUUUCUUUUUUUCGUGAGAUCGCAUGCGACAAGAGGACAAAGCAACAAGCAUCAGUCCAUUAAAACCAUUAAAACCUCUUGUCAUGGAGGAACCUCUUAUGUAUCCUAGAUGCUAGCUUCAGGAGGAGUUUUUAAAUGUUUUCAAUGUUAUCGUGUAGGUGAUUAAAAAAAAAAAAAAAGAUAGCAAACGAACGCUCUUUGUCAUUCCAUAGACGUCUCUGAGGACUGCUUCGUGUAUCACUGUGACUGCCGUGUGUGUGUGUGUGCCGUAGAGAUGUAGAGUUUUAUCAAUAACUAUCUGUAGUGUAGUGUGUCGUGCAGCCAUUUUUGUCCUUGCUACAUACCGAGAAAUACGGACGCGGACGCGUAGCGCGUGUACGGCGUCGUCGGUUUCCGAGCGAUUCAUCGCUCGAUUCGAUUUUAUUUUUGAGCACUGUGCAAUACUUCUAUGUUCAUCCCCAUAGUGUUAAGUGGGUGAUGUUGCCCGAGAACGAUGAUAAUGAUUUAGAAAAUAAAAAGAAUAUAAUGUACGUUAUAAUCACGAUGUCAGUAGGACGCAGCACAUGUAGAUUGUGUGUAUAUAUUCUAUCUGAGCUCAACUUCAAAUGUGUUAAGGCUUCCUCCCUUUUUUUAACUUUCUUUUGUCCAAAAACACACAGAUCCAGCCAUCUAAAUAUCACAGAAUUACACUUAUAUCUAAAAUAUUAGAGUAUAAAUAUAUAAAUAUAAAUAUAAAUAUAUAUAUAUAAACCCCUGUCCCCACCAAAAAUCCAAAAUGCGUGUAUAUAUUUUUAUAUUUGUGUUCACAGACAGCGUAAAACCUGAGAAAUGUAUCGUUAUCUGUUUCAGUAUCGAUCGGUAUGAUUAUUGAUUUUGUUAUCGUCGUUUGAUGAUUAUUCUGGUUAUCGUUCCUUUUUAGUGCCCUUUUAUAUUUAAUAUCAAACUCAGAAUGUACAGUUCGGACUGUGUGUGUUUUAUUAUUUGGGACCAAGUAUAUAGUCGGCACUUUUAUUUAUUUAUUUAUUUUUGAUUCAAUGUCGCAAUAAAUAUUGAUUCGAUCUCAUCGAGUUACGACACGGCUUAUUAAACACAUAUAAUCACAAUGUAAUUAUACGAUGUAACCUCAAUCCUUUAUAUUGUCGAUAUCUAAACAUUUAGGGGGAAAAGUAGGUUUACGUUUAUUGAACCAGGGUUAUUUUUCUUGUUUGUUUCUGACGCAGCACGCUAAUUUCUACACGAUUAGACGAAUUAGAUGCAGUAACAGUAAGAGGCGGCAUUGCUGUUUGCACUGUAAAGUAAAAGAGAUAAAAGCCAUUUUUAGCCCUGCAAAGCAAUGCUGACUUUUACUGCAGCCUACCAAAGCAUGCAACACACACACACACACACACACACACACACUGACACCGUGGUCUCUUUAACAAAACUUCGUCAGAAUUCUGACAAGCUGAUUCACGAACUGGUCGGUUUUGGCGAGAGAUGUGGAGCUACAGGUCAUCGGCAUACAAUCACAAUAUUAAUAAACACUCAGUACGCUUGCUUAUGAAGGCCAGAAGUGACCAGAUUUUGUUCUGUGCAAAUCUGUAGUAUGGCUUUAGCAAGAUAAAACAGUUCCACAAAUAUAAAUUCAUCCAAAUAUUGUAGUUAUAAACAGUUCAUUUUUUAAAUUAGCUACUUCAUUAGUAUGGAAUGUAACCAAACUCACUAACUCAUUAGCGUUAUUACAAAUCCAGAGCCGUUGCCAUCUUAUGAUUACAAAUUUAUUGUAAUACAAAUGUACUGUAAUUGUUGACUAAUCAAUUCAUAUAAACCAUUAAAAUGAAGAGGUGGACUUGUAGCUUUACAUCAUUAAAAUGUAAUAAAGACUUUGUCCAAGUUUUGCGAGGACACAUUGUAAUCGCUCACCAUUGUAAAUAAUUCAUAAGAAUUCUUGAUGCUUCUUGUAUGAAACGUUUUAAAAAAAUAUCACACUUUUUAAUCUGGUGGAAAAAUCACAUCACUCAAGAAAAUUCUUUAAAAUUUUGCGACAUCGUAAUCUCUCACAUCUACAAUCUCUUUCUAUGAGAAAAGACAUCAUACCAUGAUUGCGAAGAAUUUACGAACAGUUAAAAAUUAUAAUUAGAAAAUUAAAAAUUAUAAACUUUUUUUUAAACUUGAGAUGUAAAUAUCAUUUGCAGCUUUUUCUAAUUUAAUAAAAAAUAAUUAUUUACCAAAAUUACAUCGCUCAGAAACACUUCUUUAAAAAAUUGAGAGAAAAAAAAAGAAUUUGUAAAAAUUCUCAGAUUCAACUUGUAAAAGAAAUUACAAAUGGUUAGAAGUUUAAAGUUUAUUGAAACAAAACAAUAUUGUCUGCACAAAUGAUCUUAGCAGGAUUAACCAAACGUUACGAUCUCCAGACCACAAAUUUGUGAGAAAUUUUUAACAAUUUAACUUGUGUGAAAAUUUAACACACAUUCGAAACACUUUAUGAGUACGAAAAAACACAUUCAUCAAAAAUCUUCUGUUUGUUCGAGCUAGCUAGUGUGAAAAGCUACAGAUUCUAGAAAUGGAGGCGGAGUUAGCAGGUGAAAUGACUUGUCAGAAUUCUUACGAUUUUCUUGUGAGAUCAGUUUGACGAAACACAAAAAGUUGCUCCACUUGUUUGCUCGGUGAGAAAAAGCCACACUCUGGAGGAGAACCUUGUAUAGAAAUUAGAAUCUGAUGCUGUAGAAAGAUCCCAGUUGCCUUUGUGUAUAUCAACUGCCUGCUUUUGUGUGUGGAAAUUUUCUCUGUAAUCUUGUAGAGUGUUUUUUCCUCUUCUCUUUUUAUUUCUCUUUCUCUCUCUCGCUCUCUCUUGCGCUCUCUCUCUCUCUCUCUCUCUCUCUCUUUUCCCUGCCAUAAAUCUGGGUUAUACGGUUCUAUUGCGUGUGUAAACCUUCAUUUUUCGACGAGGUGUUUUACGAUUGCGUUCGACUUUGUGUAGUGAUUCACUCUGUGAAGUUUCUGACUGUUGUUAUAUAACUUCAUAUACACAAAAUGUUCAAUAAAAAUGUUUUAUUUCCUGUUGAUACAGAACACA